CAAACGGACUGACCAAACAAAUCACGGAGCACUCAGCAGAGGACAGCCGGGGACGCUCACGCCGCUGUUAGAGAUGUCCCUGCUAUGUGUGGGAGUGAAGAAAGCCAAGCUGGAUGGACCCCAAGAGAAGUUCAACACUUAUGUGACUCUAAAGGUACAAAAUGUGAAGAGCACAACCAUCGCUGUCAGGGGCAACUUGCCCAGCUGGGAGCAAGACUUCAUGUUUGAAAUUAACCGCCUGGAUCUAGGUCUGACAGUAGAGGUGUGGAACAAAGGGUUAAUCUGGGACACCAUGGUCGGCACUGUGUGGAUUCCCCUGCGUAGCAUCCGACAGUCAAAUGAGGAAGGUCCAGGGGAGUGGCUCACACUGGACUCUCAGGUCAUCAUGUCUGAUAAUGAGAUCUGCGGCACCAAAGAUCCCACUCUCCACCUGGUGCUGCUCGACACACGCUUUGAACUGCCUCUAGAUAUCCCAGAGGAUGAGGCGCGGUACUGGGCCAAAAAACUGGAGCAGCUCAACGCCAUGAGGGACCAAGAUUAUUCAUACCAGGAGGAACAGGAACGCCCUCUCCGUGUACCAGGCACCCAGUGCUGUAAUUGGAGCCUAUGGGGAGACCAACAAAAUGAAGAUCCAGACAGUGCCGUGGAUGACAGGGACAGUGACUAUCGCAGUGAAACCAGUAACAGCAUCCCCCCUCCCUACUACAGCACAUCUCAGCCCAACGCCUCCGUCCAUCAAUAUCCCAUCAGCCACCAGCACCGCAACUCCAGAAGCUUCUCUUACCCGCGCUCGGGCAACGGCCACGACCUUGACUACCACCAUCAGAGGACUGUCAGUCCCACAGGGAGUUAUGCAUCGUCUGCAGAGCUGAGUCGGUGCAGCAGUCAGCUGAGUGAGGAGGACUAUGGCGGUGAGUACGGAGAGAGGGACCCAUACGACGAGAACGACUCCUACCACUCCUGCCAUUCCUCGGUUAGCUACAGCAAAGGCUCCCCAGACUGGGACCCUGACGAGACGCAGGGGGCAUACAGCGAUGAAGGUGGCUACAGCAAAGACGGAGGAGAGGACGUGGCUCUGUACGAAGAGGAUGAUGGAGGACUGUAUGAGGGAGAAGAGGAUGGCCUCUAUGAGGAUGAUGAGAUGAUGUAUGAUGAUGAGGAUUUAUACAAUGUGGACGGGACCCUCAGUGAGGACAUGGAGCCUCCAUUCACUCCAACACCUACGUCAACUGCCCCUCCAACUCUUGAUGUACCCAGUUCCAGACCUCCUCUAGAAAAACAGCCCUCCCUACACCAACAGCAGCCCUCUACCCAACCCUCCAACCAAACAUCCAACCAGGCUCAUCCUCCUGGUACGGCCCCAGCAGCACAGCCUCCCUCUGGUCAACCCACAAGCCAACCACCUAAACAGCCCCAACCCCAAACACAGCCUCAGCCUCAGCCAGCCCCAUCUGCCACUUCCUUCUUCUCAAUGGCCAAACCUCUAACAGCUGCAGUCACAGGCCUGGCCUCUACUUUCCUGUCUUCGGUUCCCACCGCCCAGCCUGCCCAGUCUCACCCUCCAGCCUCAGCUGCAUCUCAACAGCAACAGUCUGUUGCAUCCAGCUCUGUCCCUCCAUCCCACCCAGCCACCAUAGCUGCCACCUCAGCCUCUCAGCCCCCCUCCACUGCCACGGGCCCUUCCUCCCAACAAAUCCCAUCCUCCGCACAGCCCCAAUCUCAAUUCAGUGAUCCUGCCACCACACAGUCAGCUGCCCCUGAGGACCAUCUUCACCAGGAGGAGGAACCAUGGCUAGAAGAGGAAAUGAUGUUGGAAAGGGAGGCCAGAACGCCUCCUGCCCAGCCAGAGGAGAAGCUCCCUAUGGAGGAAAAGGAGGAGAAGUCUGAAGAGAGCAGACCGCCGACGCCAGAGGAGUUAAAAGAGAUGCCGCCUGAGAGUCCUCCAGUUAUAGAGGAGCCCAAAGAGCCAGUAGAUCCAGCAGUCAGAGCCAAAGAGAACUGGCUAAGGCUUUACAACAAGGUCUUAGAGCAGCUUCGGGAGGCUCGAGGAGAGACCUCCAGCUCACUGUGGUUUGGUAAAGGAGGAAUGGGAGGUGCGCUAUACAGUAUUGACAGCAUGCCUGACCUUCGCAAGAGGAAAGCCAUUCCUCUUGUCAGAGAUCUGGCCAUGUCUCUAGUGCAGAACUCUCGUAAAGCCGGAAUCACAUCAGCCAUGGCUUCCACCACUCUUGGCAAUGAAGAGCUGAAGAGCCAUGUGUACAAAAAGACCCUGCAGGCUCUGAUCUACCCCAUUUCCUCCACUACUCCGCACAACUUUGAGGUGUGGACAGCCACCACCCCCACCUACUGCUAUGAAUGUGAGGGGCUGCUGUGGGGUAUCGCCCGCCAAGGCAUGCGCUGCUCUGAGUGCGGCGUCAAAUGCCAUGAAAAGUGCCAGGAUCUGCUCAACGCAGACUGUCUGCAGAGAGCUGCAGAGAAGAGCUCAAAGCACGGGGCUGAGGACCGAACCCAGAACAUCAUCAUGGUCCUGAAGGACCGCAUGAAGAUCAGAGAGAGGAACAAACCGGAGAUCUUUGAGCUGAUACAGGAAGUGUUUGGCCUCGACAAAUCAACACACGCCACGCACAUGAAACAGAUCAAGCAGAGCGUGCUUGACGGGACCUCAAAAUGGUCAGCGAAGAUCAGCAUCACUGUUGUAUGUGCUCAGGGCCUGCAGGCUAAAGACAAAACAGGUUCCAGUGACCCUUAUGUCACCGUUCAAGUUGGAAAGACCAAGAAGAGGACCAAGACCAUCUAUGGCAACCUCAACCCUGUGUGGGAAGAAAAUUUCCACUUUGAAUGCCACAAUUCGUCUGAUCGCAUCAAGGUCCGUGUGUGGGACGAGGACGACGACAUCAAGUCUCGCGUGAAACAGAGGUUCAAACGUGAGAGCGAUGACUUCCUGGGUCAAACAAUCAUCGAAGUUCGCACUCUGAGCGGGGAGAUGGACGUUUGGUACAACCUGGACAAGAGAACAGAUAAGUCUGCUGUGUCGGGAGCCAUCCGGAUGCACAUAAGUGUGGAGAUCAAGGGAGAGGAGACGGUAGCUCCCUACCAUGUCCAGUACACCUGUCUACACGAGCAUCUGUUCCAGUACACCACCGAGGAGCAGAAUGGAGGUGUAGUAAAGAUCCCUGAUGCCAAAGGAGAUGACGCCUGGAAGGUGUAUUUUGAGGAGACGGCUCAGGAAAUAGUGGACGAGUUCGCCAUGAGAUAUGGAGUAGAGUCCAUCUACCAGGCCAUGACCCACUUUGCCUGCUUGUCAUCUAAGUACAUGUGCCCAGGAGUGCCAGCCGUGAUGAGCACCUUGCUGGCCAACAUCAACGCUUACUACGCCCACACCACCCAGUCCUCCAACAAUGUUUCUGCCUCUGACAGAUUUGCUGCAUCAAACUUUGGCAAGGAGAGGUUUGUCAAACUGCUGGAUCAGCUGCACAACUCCCUGAGGAUCGACCUGUCCAUGUACCGGAAUAACUUCCCUGCCAGCAGUCCUGAAAGACUUCAAGAUCUCAAGUCUACUGUUGAUCUCUUGACAAGCAUCACAUUCUUCAGGAUGAAAGUCCAGGAGCUGCAGAGUCCCCCCAGGGCAAGCCAGGUGGUGAAGGACUGUGUGAAAGCCUGUCUCAACUCCACCUACGAGUAUAUUUUCAACAACUGCCACGACCUCUACAACAGGGAAUAUCAAACAGACCCUUCAAAGGCAGUCCCUCCAGAUGAGCAGGGUCCCAGCAUCAAGAACCUGGAUUUCUGGUCCAAACUCAUCACCCUCAUCGUCUCCAUUAUAGAGGAGGACAAAAACUCCUACACUCCUUGCCUUAAUCAGUUUCCCCAAGAACUGAAUGUGGGCAAGAUCAGUGCCGAGGUCAUGUGGAAUAUGUUUGCACAAGAUAUGAAAUAUGCCAUGGAGGAGCAUGAGAAGCAUCGCCUGUGUAAAAGCGCAGAUUAUAUGAACUUGCACUUCAAGGUGAAGUGGCUCUAUAAUGAGUACUGCAAGGAGCUGCCCACUUUCCAGAAGCACGUACCUGAAUAUCCAGCCUGGUUUGAGCCAUUUGUCAUCAUGUGGUUAGAUGAAAAUGAAGAAGUGUCCAGAGAUUUUCUCCACGGAGCCCUGGAGAGGGACAAAAAAGAUGGGUUCCAGGUCACGUCAGAGCACGCUUUGUUCUCCUGCUCAGUGGUGGACGUGUUCUCUCAGCUCAAUCAAAGCUUUGAAAUCAUCCGCAAACUGGAGUGUCCUGACCCUCAGAUCGUUGGGAACUACAUGAAGAGAUUCGCCAAGACCAUUGGCAAUGUCCUGUUGUCUUAUGCUGACAUCAUUGCAAAGGACUUUCCGAAUCAUGUCAAGAAGGAGAAAGUACCAUGUAUCAUCAUCAAUAACAUCCAGCAGCUCAGAGUUCAGUUGGAGAAAAUGUUUGAGGCCAUGGGAGGCAAAGACCUCAAUGUGGAGGCUAGUGACUUCCUGAAGGAGCUGCAAAACAAACUCAACAGCGUCAUGGAUGACCUGAGCCGCAUCUUUGCAGUCAGUUUCCAGCCCCAGAUCGAGGACAACGUGAGACAGAUGGGGGACAUCCUAGCUCAAGUAAAAGGUCAGACCGUACCAGCCAAUGGCAGCGUGGUUCAGGAGGCAGACAAUGUCUUGCAACCCAUUAUGGACUUCCUGGACAGCAACCUGUCGCUGUUUGCUAAGAUCUGUGAGAAGACAGUCCUGAAGAGAGUGCUGAAGGAGCUGUGGAAACUAGUGAUGAACACAAUGGAAAAAACAAUUGUUCUUCCAACACUUACUGACCAGACGGGCACCCAGAUGAUCUUCAAUGCUGCUAAAGAGCUGGGCCAGCUUUCCAAGCUCAAGGAGCACAUGGGGCGAGAGGAGGCCAAAGCUCUGACUCCUAAACAGUGUGCAGUAAUAGAGCUGGCACUGGAUACUAUAAAGCAAUACUUCCAUGCCGGUGGUGUGGGCCUGAAGAAAACAUUCUUGGAAAAGAGUCCAGACCUACAGUCUCUGCGCUACGCCUUGUCUCUGUACACGCAGGCCACAGACAAACUCAUCAGGAAGUUUGUCCUCUCGCAGAACGCUCAGGUCCACGGAGGGAAAGGGAUCAGGUACACGGCAAACGAAGACACACCGCCGGAGAAAGCAUCUGGAGUGGAUGCAGUUGGCGAGGUAGUCAUGAACGUGGAUAUCUUACCCCAGCCUAACGGAGAACACAAGAUCAGUGUCAAAGUGGUGGCUGCUAAUGACUUGAAAUGGAAGGCGCAGGGCUUCAGGCCCUUUGUGGAGGUCUACAUCAUUGGCCCUCACCUCAGCGACAAGAAGAGGAAGUUUGCCACCAAGUCCAAGAACAACAGCUGGUCACCCAAGUUCAAUGAGAGCUUCCAGUACUCCCUGGGCACUGAGGUGGGUCCAGAGAGCUACGAGCUGCAGGUGUGCGUGAAGGACUACUGCUUUGCCAGAGAGGACCGCACCGUGGGCAUGGCCGUGCUGCAGGUGAAGGACAUGGCCAACAAGAACAGCGUCACCUGCUGGCUGCCGCUGGGCAGACGCGUCCACAUGGACGAGACGGGCCUGACGGUGCUGCGCAUCCUCUCUCAGCGCAACAAUGACGACGUGGCCAAAGAGUUUGUGAAGCUCAAGUCGGACCAGCGCUCUGCUGAGGAGGGCCGCAGCUGAGGGAGGAAGAGGAAGAAGAGGAAGAGGAGGAGGAGAGCGACACACACGUGUGCACAAAAACACCAGAGACAAAAUCGAAAGACGCAGUAUUACGCACACAUAGUACUCACACACCCACACAGAUGUGCAAUACACAAGCACACACAUAAAAAAGCUCUAUUGUACAUAUAUCUGCAUACAUUAUGCAACAUUUCCAUUGCAAUGGUAUCAAUGCAAACAUGGAGGAAUAUGUUUAUAAAUAAUAAUAAUGAUGAUUUAAAAAAUCAGAUUUAAUUUUGAAUAUCUCAACAACUCAACUCAGACCUCUCAGUUUAAGGUUAGCCUCACGUUAGCAAGCAAUUGUCAGUCCCUCCCUCGCUCUUUCCAGUAACACAUCCCACCUUUUUAUACGCUGUACAUUUAGAUGUGAUAUAAUGCAACGCAGAACAGCAACAGAACCGUGUGAAUAGUUGGAGAACGACCACUUUGCACUUUUGCUUCUCUGUAUCUUCAGGAGAGCAGUCCUCGCCUAGCUAUGCUCUGUCCGUCCGUCCGUCCCUCCGUCUGCUUGCCUGCCUGCCUGCCGUUCUCACCCCUCAACUACCCCGCCCCCCCCUCCCCAACCCGGUAUUCCCUCUGCGUAGUCUUCCCAUGGUGUGACGUAUUGCGUAACUUGGGAGUUCAGGCACAGAUGUAAAAUCAGCUUCCUUCAUGCCACCCCCCCAAAAGCCCCACACAGAAAGAAACACACAACACUGACCUUAGAUCAGUGUCCAGGGGUGGGAGGUGGGGGGCCACAUAUCUGUUUCUCUGUCCUGUAAUGUACCAACGUCCUGCAUGUUGACCCCAGGGACACUGUGAUUCACCAUGGCAACCGCUCCCCUCCCACAGAAAAGAUGGCUGCCUCCGAUACAUGACCUGUGUGAGCAUGGUGCAUAUAACCCUGGUUUAAAAAGGUUUUUUUCAAAUCAGACCUGACUUAACCUUCACGAUCCUGGAGGAAGCAGACCAACGAAGCUGAGCCUGAUCUGUGAUGCGUUGACAGAGGCAAAGGUUGUGGCCACAAUGUGCAUUUUGUUUUAACUUUAUUUGCUUCACAUCGCCACAAACGGAGCAAUACCCCAGCGUCCGAACACAUCUACACCCCACCCUUAAGAGUGCACAUAAACUCCGAAAAGGGCUACAGGAUCAGUGGACUGGGAUGUCGGUUUACGCACUAAUACGUACUGUCCGCGCUACUGUUGGCAAAUUGACCACAAAGUGUCACCCCCACCCCUCACCCCACCUCCUCCACCUGCUCAGCCACAGACACACCACCACACUGCAGACACGCCAGGACUCAGAAAAGUCUCUCAUGAGCGACACCGUGGAGGAACUUGAAAUAAAAUCCACAUGAAGCACCCUCCUCCUGAUCGCCUGCACACGUAUCUAAACCCCCUAUCUCUUAAAAGGCAAUAGUGGUUUGUUUGUACCUUCUCUGAACCUCGUGGUUUUUAUGAAGAGCAAAGCCUCUGUUAAACACUGCUGUGUCUUUUGUCGAUGUGUGCGUGCAUGUGUGUGAAGGUGUGUGAGGGUGUGUGUGUGUGUGUGGGCUCUGAGAUUGUGAGCAAUAUAUUGUACCUACAUACCCAAAAAUGUAUGCGCUGUCAGUGCAACUACAGGAGCACCAACUGCAAUAUCCAGAUCCAAGGAAUGGGAAACUUAUGAUUCUUUUUUUUUAAUGUGUAAAUCACUAAGAUAUUUUAUUUAUGGACUCAUAAAAUCCCCAUUCCCUUUUGAACUGUACACUAUUUCUCGCAUGAUUUGGAUAAGAGAGAAAGAAGGUGUUUUAAUUGCCAUUUGCCUUUUUUAGGACCAAAUUUGCACGAACCAGAGCUCAUGUUUGUUUUGUUUUGUUUUUUUGUUUUUUUCCAAAGAAAGAAGCCAUCAGAGUCACCGCCAAGCAUUUAUGGUGUUCAAUUAUUAGUCUCGUCAUGUGCUUUGAUGCAAAACAACAACAACAGCAACAAAAAGAGGUGAGCAAACACUCACAGUCGUAGUCCGGUUUGUCCUGUAGCGUCUCUGUGAAACUUUAAUGAUGUUGUGCGACAGUCAGUAAAAGCUGCAGGAGGUUUUUCUUUCUUUUUUUUUCCUGUCGCCACGUGGAGCUACAUCAGACAUCACUGCUGGCCUGUCACAUGUUGUCUUUACAGAAUACUGUUGUAUGCUACCAAAUACAAAUCUUCUGAAUGUUAUUAAUCCUCAGCAGAGCCUUCUUUCUACGAUCAAAGGGAUGUUUAAUCCACAAAACCGUGACUAGCUUGGGAACACCAACUCAUGCCUUUUGAUUUAAGGCCUCCGAAAGUUCACUUAAAUCAACAGAUUGUAUGUUCAAUCAUGUUAGAUUACUGAUAUUUAUUUAUUGUUUUUGGGUGAACUAGCCUUUUAAAGUUAGCUAUCUUUGUGACAUUUAACACACAGUGCAGUUACAUUGUUGUCUAAGUAAUCCCAGGGCUCAAGACGAAACUCGACACGUCAGGUUGUAGCUGAAAAAAGCAACAACAAUAAGAAAAAACAAACAAACAAACAAACAAAAACACGUGAUCGUCCAGUUCGGGGCUUGUCGGUUGCCUGCUUCAUGUAUCUACACAUUGACCACCACACGCACACCUACACACACACAGACACACACACAUCUCUGCUCAAGCACAAAAGGGCACAUGUUUAGAUGACACACAUGCAUGCAUGCACGCCGACACAACUCUGUGGAGACCAAUGAUGCCCACUCUGUGAAUAGAAUCAACUUAAAAUUGCAUGACGGGAAACUUUAGUGUGCCAGCACGUGUCUCUUUGAUGUUACUUGACUUUUUAUUUUACUUUUUUUUUUAUUUCUAAUGCUAUGUAAUGAUAACUCAUCAAUGUUUUUUUGUUUAUUUUUUGUGUCUUUUUCAAAAACGCUUGUGAAUACGUCUUCUGUAACCAAUAUGAAUGUAGUGUGAACACAGAACUCGCAUGAGAGAAUUAUUUUCUACUGAGGAUGUUUCUAAUUUGUUUCUUAUCAUUAUUGAUUGUUCUUUAAUGAGGAUGAAGUGGAACUGGAAUGCAGCCUGAUUGUGAUCUGCUUCCUAUUAAAAGGACAU